AUGAAGGGGAUCACUGUGGUAGCACUGGUCAGCCUGGCGGCAUUAGCCGCAGGGUACGUAGUUGUACCGGAGGACAAAGUAACUUACGCCGACAAGGAUUUCCUGGUGAAGCAGAAGCAGAUGCUGGAAGUGUUUCAGCACGUACACCAGCACGAAGUGCACACCGCGCUGUGGGAAGUGUCGAAAGCGUACGACAUCGAAAAGCACUACGACCAGUACAGCAAUGUGGAAGCGGUGAAGGAGUUCGUAACGCUGUACAAGCACGGUUUGCUACCGUUCGACGAGAUCUUCAGCGUGCUUGACGAUCACCAUCGGGAGCAGGCGAUCGCACUGUUCCAUGUGUUCUACUACGCCAAGGAUUGGGAAACGUUCUACAAAUCGGUCGUUUGGGCCCGGUUCCACGUGAACGAAGGUAUGUUCGUGUACGCCGUCACCGUUGCCGUGUUGCAUCGUAAGGAUCUGGCGGGAUUGGAGCUACCGGCGCCGUACGAAAUCUAUCCGUACUAUUUCUUCAACACCGAGGUCGUCCAGAAGGCGGCUCAGUACAAGAUGCAGGGCUUUAGCGGUGUGAAGAAGGUGGACGAUGUGUACACCGUGGUCAUCCCGACAAACUACACCGGCUGGUAUGUGCACACGAACGUCGACCAGAAGGUGUCGUAUUUCACCGAGGACAUUGGGCUGAACACGUACUACUACUACUUCCAUGCGGACUAUCCGUUCUGGAUGGGCGGCAAGGAGUACGGACUGUACAAGGAUCGUCGUGGUGAGCUGUACCUGUACAAGCAUCAGCAGUUGCUCGCCCGCUACUAUCUCGAGCGUCUGUCCAACGAUCUGGGCACGAUUCCGGAGUUCUCUUACUACAAACCGAUCGUUACCGGGUACUAUCCGAACAUGCACUACUACAACGGUGUUAGCUUCCCGUCCCGGGACAACUACUACGAGGUGUGCACACCGGAACACUAUCAGGACAUUGAUGAGAUCGUUGAGUACGAGCAUCGCAUCCGUGAGGCGAUCGAUCUCGGCUACAUUGUGUUGCCGGAUGGUCGUCAUGUUGAUCUUACCAAGCCCGAGUCGGUGGAGUACCUCGGCAAUCUGGUACAGGCCAACCCGGACAGUGUGAACAGCCGGUUCUACAAGUAUGUUGGAUUUUUCGCCCGCAUCUUGCUCGGUGGAUCGAUUGAGCACUUCGAAAACCACAAGGUACUGCCGGGAGUUCUCGAGCACUACGAAACGUCCCUGCGCGACCCGAUGUUCUACCAGCUGUACAAGCGUAUCGUCCAGUUCUACUGGGAGUUCAAGGACCAUCUGAAGCCGUACACGAAGGAGGAGCUGAAUUACGGUGACAUUCAGUUCGAAGCGGUGCAUGUGGACAAGCUGGUGACGUACUUUGAUCGUUCCGAUGCCGACAUCACGAACGCGGUCGAUGUGGAGGUGUUCGACGAGACCACGAUGAAGACGGGUGAGCUGAAGAAGUUUGGCAAGAUCGCACACUAUCAGGGUGAGGACUUUGUCAUCAAGGCACGUCAGUGGCGCCUGAACCAUAUGCCAUUUAGCGUGGAGUACAACGUGCACGCCAACAAGGAUGUUAAGGGUAUUGUGCGCAUGUACCUCGGUCCCAAGUACGAUCAGUAUGGACACGUGUACGGCGUGAACGAGAACCGUGAAAACUUUGUUCUGCUCGAUACGUUCGAGUGGGAGUUCAAGGAGGGUUUGAAUGUGUUUGUUCGCGAGUCGACACAGUUCCCGAUGUACGUGCAGGACCGUACACCGUACUACGAGCUGUACAAGUGGGUGAUGGAUGCGUACAAUGGUGAGCGACAGUUCCCGCUCGAUAUGACCGAGGCCCACUGUGGCUUCCCGUCGCGUCUGAUGCUGCCCAAGGGCAAGAAGGGUGGCAUGCCGUUCCAGCUGUUCUUCAUUGUCUCGCCAUACCAUGCACCGGCUGUUCCGCACCACGAAGGAUACGACUACACGCUGAACUGUGGUGUUGGAUCGGGUGCGCGCUAUAUCGAUUCGCUACCGUUCGGCUAUCCGUUCGAUCGCCCUAUCGAUGAGAAGGUUUGGUUCACACCCAACAUGUACUACCUGGACGCGACGAUCUACCACAAGAAGGAGGCAGAGAUUAAUGCCGUUCAUUAG